AACAUCGUAAGUUCUAUGAAAACUCUUAAAAGUUCUACACAUGCGCAGUGCAAUUAUUAAGGGUACGAACCGUUUCCAUUCAACCCCUAAAUACCAGUAGUAUGCCAUUUCUCUUCACGCUCACACCUACGCAAGCGUCCGGCCAAAAUCGUAAACUUUUACGAUUUUAAUGAAUCAGUUCCUUAAAAAAUAUUGUGAAGUGAUUUAUUACAAAUCAAAGAAACUAUAGUGAUAAACAGUGACAUGGAUUGUGUUUUGAAAAUAUUUUGAAAAAAGUGCAGUAAAAUUAUUACUUAUGUAAAACUUAUAAAGCAUGGAACACGAUGUUCGCGAUACUUCGGUUGUUUUUUUAAAUAAUUGGAAAGUUAAUAAAUUUAUAAAUGGAAGUGAAUUUUUGGAUUUGCCUGAUUAUAACACAAUUGCAAUUGGCUUUUUAUGUGGGAGGACAAAACACGGUCAAAAAUUCUCACCGUCGAACAGAUGAUAUAAAUACGGACCUCAAAAACGACAAACCUCUAGACUUUUUAGUCAGCCACCAAACAAAAGACGAACGAGAUUAUUUUUUACCUCCCGUGUUUACCAACCACGAGGAUAUUGAGGAAGAUGAGGAAGAAGACGAAAGUACUUAUUUAGACUAUGAUUAUGAUGGUAAAGAAGCAAAUUAUAAAGAUUCCCCAGACACAGCAACAGUACGAAGCGAUGUUCAUGAUGUAUCUUCUGUAGAUGAUAAGAUACCUUUGCACACGGCCAAAGACAAUCUGCCAAUUUUUCUUUUGGAGCCUGAAAACACGUAUGUUGUUAAAAAUAAGCCGGCUACUCUGAAAUGUCGGGCUGCUAAUGCUUUAAAAGUAUUUUUCAAAUGCAAUGGAGUACAAACGCAGGCUCUUAAUUUCGAAUUUGUGGACCCUCAAACUGGCGUGAGAAUCAUUGAGGGCGAGUGUAAAGUCACGAGGGAGAAUGUCGAAGAGUACUUCGGAAGUGACAAGUACCAAUGCUCAUGUUUUGCUUGGACCAGCCUGGGACAUAUACGCAGCCAGCCUGCUACUAUUGAGUUGGCUUACAUAAAGAAACAGUUCUCCGUGGCCCCCCAAUCUCAGUUAGUCAAACAAUACACAUCUGUCACGUUCCGAUGCGAGCCGCCCCCGGCCGCCCCUUUCGUACAAAUAUACUGGUUGAAGAAUGGAGCUCCAAUCGUCGUUGAUGAUAAUGUACAGGUGUCUAAGGAAGGAGAUCUGCUUAUUAAACAGGCUACUUUACUUGACAUGGCGAACUACACAUGUGUCGCUGAAAAUUUAGCCGGGAAAAGGAUAUCCGAACCAGCCCUGCUGACAGUUUUCGUCAACGGUGGUUGGAGCGCCUGGUCAGCGUGGACCGAGUGCUUCUGCGAGGAUCAAGCGAGGCAAGGUCAUACGGGGAGGAAGAGGGAACGAACUUGCACGGCACCAAGACCGCUAAAUGGGGGACAACCGUGUAUGGGGCCUAACUUGCAGAAGACGCAAGAUUGUGUGGACUGUGAUAUAGAUGAACUAGACGAAUUGGCGGACGAAUCACCAGAUAUAAUACUAGGUCGCUGGUCCCAAUGGUCUGAGUGGUCGAGAUGUGACUUGGAUUGCCUUCGAACUAGACGGAGGAGGUGUCUCACUUUAAAUGCAUGUCGUGGAAUAGACUACCAAGUUGCACAAUGUCCACUUUGUGUGAGGACUUCUAAAUCUGAUAUUAAUGAUGGAUCAUCAUACUGGCCGUUAUUUAUUGCGUUAUCAAUAGCCUUCCUAAUAUUCAUGGUCGUCGUCAUUUUGGGAAUUAAAUACAUAAAGAUUAGACUGAAUGAUACUUCGCCGUAUGUCAAACCACCUUCAGGUUCAAAUUACUUUGGGAAUGUGAUAAAGAGGACUCUAACGAAUCAGCCGGACCUGACCAUACACGAGGAGUUCCAAACUAUUGAUUCUCGGAGGACACACAGACAUAUGAGCACGUCUACAAACACCCGGCACGAACAUUUGUAUGAAGUACCGCAAUUAGCUAACAGCUACAUCACGCCUAUAGAUCAUGAGGUAAGGACCGAACGGAAUGGCAGUGAAAGGAUUUACGCUUGCAAGGACAGUGUCGAGUCAGCCCGAUCUGACUCCAGUUGCUUUUUGAGCUCCGGUUCGUCGUAUGGCAAUGAAAGUGUAGAAAUGUCACCAUCACUCAAAAAUAAUGCAUCGUUAGACUCAAAAUACUUCACUAAGCACAUAGAUGUAGCUACUUCGAAGAUAGUGACCGCUGACGGUGAUUGGCUGAAUCUUAAUAAGUGUGGAGUUAGCUUGUUUGUACCUGAUGGAGUAGUAGAUAAAGGCGAAGAGUUGUUCUCCAUUGAAGUUGCUGAUGAUGAUUGGAAUAGACCUUUGCUGCAAGAAGGUGAAACUCAACUAAGCCCCGUGAUACGGUGCGGCCCCAAAAACUUUCACUUCUGCAAGGGUGUGGUUUUAUCCUUCCCGCAUUGUGCCGCCUUGAAGAACACCAGCUGGCUCCUAUCCAUCCUCCAAAGGCCCGAAGAAAUCAACUCGAGGGAGUGGCGAAAAGUUUUGACUUUGGGCCAGGAAACGCCCGGGACCCCACUGUUCGCGCAAGUCGACCCUUCCAAAGUUUACCUAGUGAGCGAAUUUCUGAGCGACUUUGUUCUAGUCGGGAGAAGUUUCAGCGGUCUAGACGCCAAGUUGCUCAAACUAGCGCUGUUUAUAUCUAAAAGAAUGGACGACAGUUACUAUAGCUUGAAAGUCCAUGUGUUUAACGAUACACCUUACGCUUUCUACGAAUGUUUCGAAAGUGAAAAGAGGGCCGGAUGCUCAUUGCUUUGUGAUCCAAAAACGAUUUGUUUUCAAGAAAAUUGUUCUGAUUUAUGUAUUAAUAUUAGGGAUGUAGGUGUCGGUUGGAAAAUACAGUCAGGGGGGAAAUACCAGGAGCUGCCGUAUUCCCAAGUUUGGAACAUGACUGUACGAUCCAUGCACUGUAUAUUUGUAGUGCAACAGACAGACUCAAUAAAUUGUUUAGAGCUUAAUGUGUCUGCUUACCAGAAGCAGAAGCAAUCGAAUUCUGUCAAUUUCAAUUUUAAGACUAACGACUUGAAUUUUAACAUAAACUGUAAGAGAUUCAGUUGUGCGAGCGUAGAGACUGUUAAUAUAUUAGAGAACCCAUUCAAUUAUUCGUCACUGACUAAGAAGGAGGGUAGGUAUGACUUCGUGUAUAAGAAUCACAGCUUUAGGAGCUACUUUAGUGUUGACAAUAAUUACCGCACGAACGUGUUGACCAAGUCCGACCGAGUGAUACUGUGCAAACUGCUGGACUCUCAGACGGCGAAGAGCAACGACUGGCGAUUGUUGGCUGAGAAGCUAAAAGUUUGCUCUUACUAUUAUUAUUUCUCCAAUACUUGUUCUCCGACAGAAAAUAUAUUGAAUUUAUGGUUGUGUAGGAAUAACGACAUGAACAUGUUGGUCAAUUUGUCGAGGAUAUUCAGGGAAAUGGGUAGGAUUGAUUGUGCAACAGUUGUUGAAAGGCGCUGUUUUCCCAACUGAACAAAAUAAUAUAAAGAAAUGUGUAACAAUUGUUGAGUUUGAAUAGAGGAAAACAUUUUUCUUGGAGUCUCUUUAUUGAGUCAAUCUUUUGAGAAAAUAUUUGAACUUGUUUCCACUUUGCCAAUUAUGUCAUCGUUAUUUCUUUGAAUUAAUUUUCACUUCCUUUGUGUUUAUUAUAAUUGUUAUUUUUCUAUUAUUUUGAUGUCCAUACAAACUCAACGUUCGCCAUUAUGAUUACGACUGCUUAAUUAUUUCCACCAUUAGUAUUGUUAUAACAAGUCUUAGUUUUUCUUCUGUGUAAUUAUAAGACUUCUCAUUCACUUUGAUAUUUUUACUUGAAAGUGAGAAUAUAGUUAUUUUAGACCAAUCAACACUUCUUUCAAUUUUAAUUAAUAAGCA